AUGACAAUCACGGCGACCAAGUUCACCCCGGAGGUGAUGCUCUCGGCCCCCCGGCGGACCCCGGCAUUGCCCAGUCCGUCGGGGAAACGGGCAGUCUACGCAGUGUCGACAUAUUCCUUCCAGGACCACAAGAAGACGUCCCAAAUCCGGGUGCUCGACAUCGAGUCGGGAGAUUCGGUGUCCAUCGUGGAGGAUGCUAGCGCGAGCGAGCCCGUGUGGCUCGGCGACGACGAGGUCCUUUACCUCAAGGGCGGUGACGCCGGGAUCACGACUCUCGUGGUCCGUCAUGCCUGGUCCGCCGAGGCAGAACCCUACGAGGCCGGUUCAGUCAAGGCUCCCAUCUCCAACGUGAUAGUCAAGAAGCUCCCCAACGGCAGCUUUGCUUUCGCGUGUUCAGCCUUGACUACCCCUGACGGCCAGUUGUUCAACCCCGAGACAGAGAAGAAGCCACACUCCAGUGCUAGGGUCUACACCGGCCUCUUCGUCCGCCAUUGGGAUGCGUGGAACACCAGGAACAAAAGCUCCAUCUUCUACGGCCUGCUUGAGCAGAAGGACGGCAAAUAUGCCCUCCGUAAUGGCACGCUUACCAACGCCUUGGCCGGCACUGGCCUGUCCUCGCCUGUCCCUCCCUUUGGAGGCACUGGCGACUUCGAUAUCGGGCCCUCAGGCCUGGUCUUCGUCGCGAAGGACCCCGAGCUCGACCCGGCCAUCUACACCAAAACCAACCUUUACUACAUUCCCCUGGAAACCUUCACGGAGUCCAGCGCGCCUCCUCCGAGGAUUAUCAACACCCCCGGGCUCGAGGGCUACUCCAAUAGCCCCGUCUUCUCUCACUGCGGCCGCAAGGUAGCCUUUACGCGUAUGCGCAGCAACCAGUACGAGUCAGACAAGCCGCGCCUUCUCCUGGUCCCCGAUAUCACCAACCCAGACAAGACCGAGGAAUUCUAUGCCACUCCCGACGGUGUCGGCGGCUGGGACGCACGCCCCGAAUCAAUUGUCUGGAGCCACGACGACUCCAAACUCUACGUCACCGCCGAGCACCGCGCGCGCACGCUCAUAUUCCAAUUAGCAUCCACUCCGUCAAGAGCAACCGCCCUACCCGUGCCCAUCAAAACGCCCGACGGUAGCGUCGUUUCCUUCCACCUCCUCCGCCCCAACCGUGACCACUCAUCCUCCUCUUCCCCAGCGGACAGCGACAACGACCACCUCUUGGUGACAUCCACCUCCCUCGUCGACAACUCCUGCUAUAGCAUCGCCGACCCGGCCGCGCAGACCGCCACCGUCAUCUCGUCCGCGUCCAAGGAGGGCAAAUCCUUCGGCCUGUCGCGCUCCGCCGUCGACUCCAUCACCUUCCGCGGCGCCGGCGGCGACUACGACGUGCACGCGCUUGUCGUGCGGCCGUCCACCUUCGACCGCGGGGCCGCCAACGGGAACGGGAACAAGAAGUACCCGCUGUGCCUGCUCAUCCACGGCGGGCCCCAGGGCGCCUGGCUCGACGCCUGGAGCACGCGCUGGAACCCGGCCGUGUUCGCCGAGCAGGGCUACGUCGUCGUCUGCCCGAACCCGACCGGCAGCACGGGCUACGGCAUGGCCUUCGAGGACGGCAUCCGGGGGGAGUGGGGCGGCCGGCCGUACAACGACCUGGUCAGGUGCGUCGAGUGGGUGGCGGAGAACAUGCCGGAGGUGGACGUGACGAGGGCCGUGGCCUUGGGGGCGAGCUAUGGCGGGUUCAUGAUCAACUGGAUCCAGGGACACCCGCUCGGGCGCAAGUUCAAAGCGCUGGUGUGCCACGACGGAGUGUUCAGCACGCUGAACCAGUGGAGCUCCGAGGAGCUGUUCUUCCCCAUCCACGAUUUCGAGGGGACGCUCUACGACAACAGGGAGGCGUACGAGAAGUGGGACCCGGCGAGGUUCGUCAGCGAGUGGGAGACGCCGCAGCUGAUCAUCCAUGGCGAGCUGGACUACCGUCUGCCUAUCACAGAGGGCCUGGCCGCGUUCAAUGUGCUCCAGGCGAGGAAGGUGCCGAGCAAACUGCUCGUGUUCCCGGAUGAAAACCACUGGGUGUUGAAACACGAAAACUCUCUGGUCUGGCAUCGGGAGGUGCUUGGCUGGAUCAACAAGUACUCGGGGAUCGAAAACGAGCAGCAGCUGGCGGAGAAGGUCGACGGGUUGAAGGUGUAGCAGUCAGGAUAACACACGGCGGUAUGUACCGGUAUAAUUAUUGGGGACGAGAAGGCUCGUCGACGGGCCCCUGUUUUUACCGCGCCUAUAUCUGGUAUCUGCCUGAUAUCUUGGGUUUAGAUUGCUUGGGAGGGAGUGUGAGAGUGUCAGUUCCGAUAACCAGGGGGUUAGUCGUGAGUAUAUUAUGGGACAGAUGUAUUGCCUAGUCUGCUUGAACCUUGGAGUUAUUGGGCGCCGCAGAUCGAACGCAUGUUCCUCGCCCC